UUUCUUGCGUUCACACCGUUCAGACCCGAGUAGCGUUUAUUCUGACGUCUUGGGCCGUGGUUUGAUGGGAGUUGGAGUCAGAAUGGAUUCAGUACUUCCUGCUUUCACAAGGAAGACCAAGAAAUGUCGGCUGGUAACUAAAAAGUUGUUGGCCUGCCAAACCGUUUCACCUCGUAGAGACAGAAGUGAAUACAGAAACAGAAUGUCUUUGAUGGAACGUGAGAGAGUCAGGCCGAUCACGGCAGUGGCAUGGACCUCCAACUCAAGCACCUGCCCCAAAGAUUUCAACCUGAUCAGCAUCACAGAAGACGGCGCAGCUGCAAACUUUACACGCAGCUUGAUGAAGUCUGGAUAUUACCUCUGUUACAGCAAGGACUUGACAGGUGGUAUGGUAGUGGCAGACAUUCAGCUUAUUUCAGAGAAGGACUCCAUUCCUCACGGUUAUUGCUUCAUAGCAGAGCAUCUUGAACCAAAGACCUCUGUUUCAAAGAAGAAACGGGUGUGUGUGCGCUUAGUCCCGGUGGGCAGUGUGGACACAGCUGUGCUGGAUAUCAAACUGACAGCCAAAAGCAAAAUGAUGCUGCAGCACUACACAUAUGUGGGAGAUGCCCAUGGCUACGUGUUGUGGUGCAGAAAAGGCUAUUUUUCUAGCCCCGUGCCCCAAGCCAUGCCCCGCAGUAUCAGCCUGGACCUCCGCACACUCUCACUGGAGCAACCAUCUGCUCCUCUGCCCCUCAGACCCAGCAACCCUCCUCCUCCAGUGCCACAUAAUAAACUGAGCCAGAGACGCUACGGCCUCCAUGCCAAGGACAACGUGGACAAACCUGCUGACAGCAGUCUCCAGGGAAUCUCAGCUCUCGAUGGAGUUCCCUUUAGCCUUCACCCAAAGUUUGAAAUCCGGGCAAACAGCACGACUGAACUGAGCUCUCAAUUAAACAACAUUCGCAUAAAGUCUCUCCAAGAUAUUGAAAAUGAGUUUAAUUACACCUUUGUAGUGGAGGAAUCUGCUGCCAAGAGGACCAGACCAUCAGUGCAAACAGGAGGCGCCCUGUCAGCUCAGUGAUGUUUGCUACAAUGUCAGACUUAUGCUUUUUGCUCUGACUGAAGGCGUUUAGCGUGACAUCUCACAUUAUGGUACAGAUGAAGGAUGAUCAUGCCUAUAUGUACACUGUAGGCUUAGAAUAUUAAGCUUCAAGUCGAAAAUAUUUAUCCUAAUGGGUCAAUUAAAAGGUCAUCUGUGGGCACUACUCUUCUAAAUGACACUGACAAUCAUACUCGAAAGCCGUUUAGAUGGUUUGGCUGUUUGGUUCUCAUGCCACACUUUUUUUACCUUACGUUCCUUUUUAUUUGUCAUUUUAAGGCUGUACUUCAUUACCAUCUUCAAGCAUUACAAGUCUAUUUGCCAAAGGAAAGGAAUGAAGGAGGGCACACAUUUAACUAUAUUGUUUUCACAUGUCUUUAAGCUGUGGGAAUACAGCCUUUAAAGGCUUUACAGGGUUAAAGAUGCAAUGAGUCUAAUUUGUAUCUGCUAUCUGGGGCUACUUAUCUGCAGCAUUAAGCCAAUUGUCAAAUAUUAGAAUAAUUGUCCGCUAAAUGCUGCUCAUGAAGAUGUACUUGCCAUUGAUGGUGGCUCAGGUGUGUGUUAACCUAUUUGCUUGACGGCUAUGAUGCAUUUUUAAUAGCUUGAGUCAUCAUGCAAUAUUAGUGAUAAGUGAUAUUGGUGGAUGAACUUUGCUGAAGAUGUUUAACUGAACACAUUAAAUACACUCAAUGUAG